UCCAGAAGGGAAACUCUGGUUGUAAGAGACUGGACGUGUCUUAACGUGGAUUAUAGGACGUCUUAAGAUAAGAGCGAUAUUUUUGUGUUUUUCUAGGAAAUUACGGAACAUAAAUUCUCCUUUGAGGUGUUGGGAGUGAUGACACAGAGUCAGUGACGCGCUGAGGACUAGAUGGAGUAGCGCAGAACCUUAACGUGACAACAUAUAAGUCUGCUGAUUGAUAAAGAAGAGACAGAAUCCAUCAUUCACUGAAAGUUGCACACACCAAAAUUUUAUUUUCAAUGUAGUGCUGUGCUGCAGGUCCUUUUAGCCAUGAAUCUCAUCAACUCCUCCCAUGAAGCCAAUGUGCGUGACCUGCUGAACACGUUGGACCAUGAUGAUCUCCUGUCUCUGGCUCGGACAUCCACAGGCAACCGCAUUUUGCCUCAGAGUUCCCAAGAGGCCAUCGAAACGAUAUUACUUUACACGGCAGACUUGGGACGGCUGUUUUCUUACCGCCGCCUUACUGCACAAGCCCUCUUUAACUAUCUUCACAAGAAUCGAGAAUCAUCAAUGGGUUUUGCUAAUAAAACUCAAAUGAUCAUCGCUGUACAGAACUUCUGGGCAAAGCAAUGUGGCACACAGGAAGUUACAGGGCAUCCGGGUACAAAACGAAGAGCAUAUUCAGACCCUGAAACUGAAGGUCCCAAAGGUAGAAAAGAUGAAGUCUCAAGGGUUAGAAUUAAACUCCGGAGCACAAGUGGUGGCAAAACGGACGUAGACAUUAUCGCCUCCUCUGUUAGAAUUAAUGCUUCACACAAUCCUAUAAGCACCAGUGUAGGUACUGGUCAGUCUGUGGAGAGAGAAUGUACAACAGGCAUUCGAGCAGAUAAAUGUUGUACCAAUGAAGGGAACCAAUCUGUAUGUGUUGUUGCACCUUUUGCUCAACCAGUAGUAAAUGUUAUGAGAAGUGACGAGUUUACACGAGACUUCUGUGAGUGGUAUUUUAGAAUGGUGAAUCGUUUGCAGCCAGAGUGCAUCCACCUACCUGGUGAUACCUUUCGAGAAGAUAUUUUUUACAACAACAGCUACACAGAUAUUUACUUCAUUGGCCAGUCGAGUGGUGAGAGACAUGCUCAAGGUGGAGGCAACACUUUUGGACUAUUGAGAGACACUUUUGUUGAGUUUAAGAUUCUAUUCAGUCCAAAUUUAGAAAAUGGAACACAGGCUUACAAGUCUGAUUAUGGAAUGGUAAAGAUUUGUUGUUGUGGGACCUUACAUCAUAAAGAUUCGUUUGUAGGUAUCUUUGAGCAAGAAACUGGCCUUGUGUGCAGUCCAAAUGAUCAUGCUUGGAAGAUAAUGUACAUAAAAAUCAAUUUAAAACAGUGCAGCAUUCUAGGUUCACCUCCAAGCCUACCUCCAUGUCAAGUGUUUGAAAUAGAAACCUGAAAUGGGACUACUUUUGGACAAAUUUUUUUAUCUCUGAAUGUGAGAGAAAUAAGAGCUGUGAUAAUUGCUUUACAUUUACCAUUCAUUUACUUCAAGUAGCCAUUUCCAGUAAUGCAGUACUAGAGACAGAGUAAUAAGAGUGAGAGUGACAGGUGGUGGGUAAGCAUGAGUGCGAGUUGGAGAGCGAGUGUAUUGGUGAAGUGCAUUUGUGCUAAAACAUAUGUAUGUAUGUACGUGUGUGUGUGUGUGCAUGUCAGUGCCUGUUUUGUUUAACACUCUGUCUGUAUGACUGAUUAUAAUGGUAUGUCUGUGCCUGUUAAUUUGUGUACUGUAUCUGAUCACACCAAUAGUAAGUGAAGAUGUUCAUAAUUGAGAAAAGUGGUUAGAGUACAGAGCACAGGAGGAGCAAGAGAGUUAUUAAGAAUGGUAAUAGUUGAGAGCAGCCAUAGUUUCAUUUGUAUUUUACUCAAGGGCCACCAUCUCUAGUUGCCUCAAUGGGGACAGGAAGCCAGCAGCUUCCUUUCUAAGGAAUGAAACGUGCAGGAUGGUAGUUUAAUGAGACUGGUGUUGGUAGUUGAGGGGAAAAAGAGAGAUACAUUGUAUUUAGUGCUGAUAAAUUCUGCAUAUAACAGGUUAAUUAUAUAUCUCCUAUGGUGCGGUUGAAUCCUCUAGGGCACCCUUUCUCAACGGGGACGAUAUCACUUCCCUAGGGUGUACCCUUGAAAUAAUUUAGGGUCGUACACUAGAUACUCUCACACACAGAUUUCAUUGGCAACGAAAAGGGCACACUUUCUGUCUUUACUCUUGAUGCUGGUUAAAUGAGAAAAUUUAACUCAAAAAUGGCUCAAAAAUACAUGAUUAGAAUUAACUUAUUUAUCACUAUCUCUUGCAGACCCAAGAUUGAGAAAUGCUGCUCUAGAGGGUAAAUGUUAAUAAUCAAUUGCCUUGCAUAUGAGUAAGUUAGUUGUAAUGAUUGCUUGUAGAUUAACAUUUAGGAAAGUGUUCAGAUUUCAUCAUUUAUUGUAUCUAAAACUGUUGUUUUAACUCUUCAAUUUUUUUGUAUUUAUUCUGUUCACAUUAGGACAAUGUCCAGAUAUUAAAUGUUCAAUUAAAGCAAAAAUUCAACACUUGGAUAUUGCAUUUAAUAAUGCUGUAUUUGACUCUUAAAACUCCUAUAUUUAACAUUAAUAAUGUUAUUUAAUACAGUAUAACAUUACUGAUAUUUUUUGUAUACAUUUAAGACAGUGCCCAAAUAUUACUUUAAUCUUUUCUGUAUACUUUACAAUAAUGUCCAGAUGCUACGUUUAUUAUUUUAAUACUUUAGGAUAGGAUAAAGAUGCUAAAUUUAACUUGUAUAUAUAUUAAGUUAAUACAAUAUCUUAUAUUGUUUUGUGGACAUUUUGUGUCCAAAAUCAUACUUAUUCGCUGUAAGCAAGUACUAUGUAAUUGUCUGUUCAUUUACAUUUGACCGAGGUGUGACCAUGCAGAUUUCUAAUAUACGGUGUAUACGUGUGUGUGCUCCCAUGUAAGCAUGCCUCUGUGUGUGUGUGUUUGUGUAAUUACCUAAGUGCAGUUGCAGGAUGAGAGCUACGCUUAUGGUGUCCCGUCUUCCCAGUACUCUUUGUCAUA